AUGAGCAAAGACGCGGUGAAUUUGCUGCUGCUGACGUAUAAUCUCGGGAAGACGAGACUCGAGCCGAAGUACUUCGCUGAGGAGGUGUUGCUGCCGGCGCUGGUAGGCCGGGGGAGUCAGUUGCCGGGUGCCAGUAGAAGUUCUGGUAGUGUUUUUGGAGCUGGAACUGGUUCUGGUACUGGUUCUGGUUUGGGAGUUAGCGGUUUUGGUGGGGAAACGGAUGGAAAUGGCACGGAAACGGGAAUUGGGUCUGGUGGGUCAGUAUCAGCAGACUCAACUGAGAAUGGAGUUAGUAGUAGUGGAAGUUCCGAGACUGAGCCAGAAAUCGUGGCAAUUGCACUCGAGGAAGUGGGUCCGAUCAUGAACGGGUGUUUUGGCGACCUCGACGAGUACUUAAGUCCCAUUUUGAAGGGUGUAGAGACUGCUCUGGACAGGUACAUUCAGCAGCGAAUCGAGUCUACCGGUGCUGGAAGUGGUAUUGUUCACCAUGGGAGAUACAUAAGAGUGGCUGUUCAUAGCUACGGUGCCAUUGCUCUGCUUUUAUAUGUGUUUGUGCCAGAAGGAGCUCAGACUCCGGUGCUCAAAGUGCUCACUGCGUCGACCGGUGUAGGUUACUUACGGUCCAGUCUGAAGGGUGGAGUCGGCAUUCGAAUCGAACUCGCGAACCCAGUUGCUGAUAGUUUUGCUCCUGAUAUAGCUACUGACAUUUCAGUUACUGAUUCAGUAACUGAUUCAGGCGCCAUUUCUACUGCUCACUCGACUAUUGAGUCUGUUAGAGCGCCUAGUGAAGCUGGAGCAUCUGGUUCAGAGUCAACCACUAAAACCAUUCUGACUUUUGUAGCAGCUCAUCUCACUGCAAAUGAAGGAAUGGUGUACUACCGCAACAGAGACUUUCUCGACAUCGUCACGAUGCUGGAUUUCGGCGAUGGCUACGGUGCGUACCAUCCACAAUCGCAUCUUUUUUUCAUGGGCGAUCUCAACUAUCGUUCCAUAGAAGACCCUUUUGGCGUUCCAGGAAGUAAUACCGCCAGCAACACAGCAUCAACUACUACUCAUAACACAGAUCGGUCUGAAGAAGAAACCAGUCUUCUUUCUGAACUCGGGUCCUCGUCUAAUGCAGUAUCACGAUAUAAACAAGUCGACGAACUGACAAUUGCACGACGUCAGGGCGAUGCUUUUAACGACACAGCUCGUGAUGGCUGUUUUUUGGGUUGUGUAGUGGCAGUUGAAUUGCCAGUUGAACCGGUUUCACUGGUGGCAGCAGCUGCAUCUGUGAUCUUUUCUUUACCCUUGUUUUUGCUCUUUUGUUGCGGACUGUCAGAAAACUCGUUCUCCGACUCGUUUUUGUCCUCUUCGUUGCCUUUAUCAGCUUCAGCGUCAACUUCGCCAGAAGCUUCAGUAGCAGCAACAGCUUCAGAUGUAGCUUCAGUAGCAGCAACAGCUUCAGAUGUAGCCUCAGUAGCAGCAUCAGCUUCAGAUGUAGCCUCAGUAGCAGCAUCAGCUUCAGAUGUAGCCUCAGUAGCAGCAUCAGCUUCAGAUGUAGCUUCAGUAGUAGCAUCAGCUUCAGAUGUAGUUUCAGUAUUAGCUUCCACAGUAGUUUCGACUUCAGCAUUAGCUUCACCCUCAGCAUCGGCGUUAUCUUCACCAGUUGCAGUCUGA